GAUUUAAGAGGCAGAGCUGCUCGAACAGCCAUGUGUGACCUGAGAAGGCAGUAAAUUCCUCUUUCAAUCCUCACCACAACUGUGGAAGAUGUUUUUUGAUCAUCCUGAGAAAAAUGAGCCUUGGCCUCCAGACGCAGUUAAACGAACCUCACUCCUGGAUAAUAUCACUAGUUCCUGAGGACCCAGAGGACCUGCAGCCCCAGGGGGAUUAGCCAGAAGCAGGCUUGUUUUCCUGCUCAGAACUGAGUGGCUUCCCUGAACACAUCUUUCAUUAUGAUUCUCACCAACCUGAAGAAAAAAUUCAGCUACUGUGUCCUGGCCUUUCUCCUGUUUGCAGUCAUCUGUGUGUGGAAGGAAAAGAAGAAAGGGAGUUACUAUGAUUCCCUUAAAUUGCAAAGCAAGGGAUUCCAGGUGCUGAAGAGUCUGGAUAAACCGACCAUGGGAUCUGAUACCCAGUCUAUGUCCUCAAGGAACACCCAGGAAGCCCACAAGGGCAGCCAGGCCCCCCGCAGUCCCAGGGGCCCAGCCAGUGCCAAACCAAAGGCCUCCUUCCAGGUAUGGGACAAGGACAGCUCUUCCAAAAACCUUAUCCCCAGGCUGCAAAAGAUCCGGAAGAAUUAUCUGAGUAUGAACAAAUACAAUGUAUCCUACAAAGGGCCAGGGCCAGGCAUCAAGUUCAGUGCAGAGGCCCUGCGCUGCCACCUCCGGGACCACGUGAAUGUGUCCAUGGUAGAGUCCACAGAUUUUCCCUUCAAUACCUCCGAAUGGGAAGGUUACCUGCCCAAGGAGAACAUUAGGACCAAGGCUGGGCCAUGGGGCAGGUGUGCUGUUGUCUCUUCAGCAGGAUCUCUGAAGUCCUCCCAACUGGGCCGAGAAAUAGAUGAUCAUGAUGCUGUCCUGAGGUUUAAUGGGGCUCCCACGGCCAACUUCCAACAAGAUGUGGGCACAAAAACUACCAUUCGCCUGAUGAACUCUCAGUUGGUCACCACAGAUGAGCAUUUCCUCAAGGACAGUUUGUACAAUGAAGGAAUCCUAAUUGUGUGGGACCCAUCUAUAUAUCAUUCGGAUAUCCCAAAGUGGUACAAGACUCCCGACUACAGUUUCUUUAACAACUACAAGAGCUAUCGUAAGCUGCAUCCCGAUCAGCCCUUUUAUAUCCUCAAGCCCCAGAUGCCUUGGGAGCUGUGGGACAUCCUUCAAGAAAUCUCCCCAGAAGAAAUUCAGCCAAACCCACCCUCCUCCGGGAUGCUUGGCAUCAUCAUAAUGCUGACGCUGUGUGACCAGGUGGAUAUUUACGAGUUCCUCCCAUCCAAGCGCAAGACCGAUGUGUGCUAUUACUACCAGAGGUUCUUUGACAUCGCCUGCACAAUGGGCGCCUACCACCCGCUCCUCUUUGAGAAAAAUUUGGUGAAGCAUCUCAACAAGGGCACAGACGAGGAUAUUUACCUGCUUGGAAAAGCCACAAUGCCUGGCUUCCGGAGCAUUUCCUGCUGAGUGAGGGUUCCCCGGCCAGGCCCCCUCACUCUUUGCCAUCAGGCAUUUUAUGGCUGGUCUCUUGGCCACCCUGGCCUAGGAAGACCAUUUUCCUGAACAAUCCCAGCCUGCAUCUUGCAUUCUAAGGGCUUCUGUUGGUAAGAAGUCAGGGAUUGUAGGAGCCUGAGAGCAAGGAGUCGGGUCCUCUCUUGCCUGUAGCCAUAAAGAAUGUGUGAGCCCAAAGACUUCCACCACACACAGACACAAACCAUGGCCUUCUUCCCAGACAGCAUCCUCCUCUCCUUCCACACUGGUAGAUGCAAGAUCUACCUUUCCCACCAGGGCUGCCAAAGCUGGGCUUUGUUUUCCCCAACUCAGUGAUGUCAUUCUCACAAACCAUGGCUCUAUAUUGCUUGAAACAGAUACUGAUAUUGAUUUCAUGUUUUAAAGAAACUUUCCCAAAUUAUGAUUGUGCCCAGUGCAGAGUGGCUCUGGGGGCAGAUAAGUGCUAUGGGGGGUUGGAAACAUGCUUGGUUCCUCCAGAAUGAAGUUUUUCCUAAGGUCCAUGUCCCUGAGACCUGUUCCUCUUGCUCUGGCUAGUUGGGCUGGUCUUUAGCCUGAGUGCUUAAUGAGCAAAGAGUCUUGAUUAGCCCACCUUCCCUCUCCAUGUGGAGAUGAAAGGCAUAGUAAGAUAGUCUCUGUCCUCAAGUUGCUCAGUUUGGUGGGAGAAACAGACAUCUGAACAGGCACUUAGGAUUCAGUGUGCUCAGUGCACUGGGGCUUGUAGAGAGAUGGGCUUGCUGUCUCUGCACCCAGGAGGGGCUGCACACUUGCUGUGUCUGUGGGUCACAGAAGGCUUCAUAGAGCUGGGGCAUUGGAGUGGGUCUCAGAGGAAGAGGAGAAACAUGUCAAGCAGAUUUUGUCUGAGUGACUUCAGUUGUGUUUUCCUUUCUGCUUUUAUUACCCAUAUCUAUUCUCUAAGACCUGCUUGAGCUUAGAGCUCAAGAUAUUUUUAGAGGAUGCCCCCUACCCAUAUCUGAGGCAGCAAGUGCAGCCCCACAGCAGACACCAGGUGAGCCACACCCCCAAACUUGAUUUCUCCUGGCUCGGCCUGGCCUGUCUCCAUCCUACCAGCUAGGUUUAUACACUGUACUCCAACUCUUCUUUUUUAAUGCCUACCCCAAAACUCCUCCUGACUGCCAUCCCCCACCCCCCAAGGUAGUCUUCCCCUCCCAAAUUACUUGUAAGCAUUUUCUGCUUUAAAAAUGUCCUGACCUCAAUUUCUCUGACCAUGUGGGCCUUCUGCAGAUGGUCUCUCAGGGACAGAGGUGUGGCUCCCUAGCACUUACAUUGCUCUCAGAGGUCAGAACCUUGGAGAUCAUAACUGAUUCUCACCCACCUUCUUCACCUCUCCUGCAAAGGUGCAACAUCAGAGUCGCUGGGCAGAAGCUGGCCCACUGAGGUUUGCAAACAUGCUCUCCAGAUGGUUUUGCUAAGUCCCCUCCCUGUGGUGGGAAACCACACUGGACCUGUCUGACCCCUGUGUGGAGAGGUUAAAUGACUUGCCCAAGGUCACAAAGUCAUGCUGUAGGGCCAGAGCUCCCAGACCCAGGCCUCUGGACUCCUAACCAUGGCCCCACAUACUCAAGUGGCCCUAGUGUUUGAGCUCCAGACCAACCAUCUUGGAGAUAGGAUAUUCAUUUACUGCCAGACCCUUGGCUUAUGUAUGCAGUAGAAAGAGCCCUGGAGUGAGAAGCCCUGGGUUUUCAAUUUGAUGCUUGCCUAUUCAUUAACUGUGCCACUUUGGGCAAAUUCUGUUCUCUGAGCCUGUGUUUUUGUGUCUGUAAAAUGGAGGUGAUGAUCCUACCUCACAGGGCUGUUGUGAGGGUUACAAGAAAGCACCUGUAUUGGCCCUACAUUUGGCACAUAGUAGGUGCCGAAUAUAUGUUAGUCUUCCUUUCUUUAUUAAGAAACUGCUCUGUGCUCACAUGUGGGCUGGACCCUGCUGCGAGGGAGGACAGGGCAGGAAAGGGGGAGGAGGGAGGUCCUUUCCUCAGGGAAUUAACUAUCCUAUUGGGAGACAACAACUCUCCUGUUUGGAACACCCAGGAAACCAUCUGAGGCAGUGGGUGAUGCAGAACGUGGCCCCUCGUCACUGCCUGCAGCUCAGGUCUCAUUCUGCUUGGGAGUGGUGGAGCAUUUGGGCUGCUUGACUGCUGCGUGGGAGGAGCCCUUUACCCCUCUCUGGGUCCAUGGACUCUUGGCUUGCUUUAUGUUCUGGUUUGACCCACAUUGUGGUUUUGAAUCACGACCACUGAGUGCCGAGGAAGGUGGCAUUCUGUCAGUAAGAGAUAUACGUUGGUGUGGAGACUGUGACUACACUGGGUAGAAUCUAGGUUUUAAUUGUUAUGUGUAAUAUAAGGGAUCAAAUUAAUUUAAGUAUGAUUUUGAAUUCUACAGAACUUUUAGUUCUGUGCUCUCUUAUAUGUGGAAACUAGUAAAAUGCAAAUAAGAUAUGGGUAUUAUUGUUGGUCUGGUGAGGUGUUUAAUAUUUGUGAUAGAUAAUUUAAAAUUUGUGACUGAAUGCUGCCGGAAAGCCUCUGUCUGGGAGGGGUUCUCUCUUCUUCAGUAGUCAUCUAUUUGUCCUAAAUCAUGAGGUUCUCUCUCAUCCUUCCACCAAUCAGAUAAGCUACUGCUGUUGGUCUGGAACUGAGACGUCAGUCUGAGAAACUUCUGAAACAUGCCUAAGCUAAUUCUGAAUUACCCAAAGAUGAUGUAAAAUUUUUAAAUAAAUGUGUUUUUAAAAAGA